AUGGAUUCAUUUAACAUUGAUGGCAUCAAAUUCGAGAAGGUUAGCGCGAUCUUUAGGUAUGAUAAGCUUCAAAAGAUCACCAUACUAUUUAGAUUCAUGGAGCUAUGUGUUUUCUUGAUCAUUCUCUCCAGAAUUUCCAUUCAACUGCCUUUUGCUUUCGAACUGUCUGGUGAAUACUUCAGGGGACUAUUUGUAACCUUAAUUAGUCCCCGGUUCGUGUUUGUAAUUGGGAACGUGAUAAUCGUCGUUCUGUUCCUGAAAUCAGGACAGUUAUCAGCCAAAGACGUUGAAAAAAAACGCAAGAUUGAUGUUUAUGAUGAGUACAUGGAAAACUGUCGAAAGAAAAACUACGACAACAAAAAACCGAGAAACAACAUCACUCGUUGUGAUCAAAAGGAGAUGAAGAUGCACAGGAGUCAAUCAGAGAAAAUGGAAAGGAUGCACCCCGAGGAUCCUCACCGGGAAAUAAGGCGGACGAUGACAGAAAGAUGCCGGAAAAGUGUAAAUUACGGUAAGAAACCUGGGGUUGCUUCGUGUGAAAAGGAUAAAAUGAGCAGUGAAGAGUUUAGGCGCACUGUUGAGGACUUCAUCGCUCGGCAGCAGAGGUUUCUGAGGGAGGAAGAAGAAUUUUCAGAUGAAGAAAUUCCAAAUGAUUUCAUUUGCUGGAUAAUUAGGAGAAGUGGAAUAUUACAGGGAAUUGUGUUCUAA